AUGACGCACGUUCUAAUUCUCUCUGUCAUCUUCGGCGCUUGUUGCGCGCUAGCGGAGAAAAGUGAAUACACGACGACGACGACCGAAAAUCCGAAGAGACUGUCCGAUUCGCAAGAUCGAUUCCUGCUGAACGUCAUUCACGGUAAAAACUCGUCGGAGAUUGCUCUCGAUAGCGCCGACGACGAAGAAACAAAGAAAACGGACAAGAAACCGAGAACCGUCUUACAUCGCGACACGAGUCUUGAAAGAGAUAAAUUAUUCGGAAUAUUUUUAUUUGCAAGUUCCAACUGCUGCGGCUCUAAAUACGGUUCCAAUGGAUCGACACGACCGGAUUAUAAUUACAAGAUCUCUUUAGAGGCCGGACGGUAUCCCUCCCAAUAUGGCGAUCAGCGACACCACAUUGACAGAUACGGAUGGCAAACACAAGGUCGGCCCCCAGGUUCCAUCGGAAGCGGCGGCAGGCCCGGUGGAGGAAGCGGAAGCGGAGUCUACGCAGGAAGCCAGCUGGGAGACAGGUAUAAUGGACCGCGUCCAGUGCACGCAAGUGAAACUUCUAAUAGACCCAGCGCUUUGGGAUACGGCUCGGGAAACGGUGGAGGAUACGGUUAUGGCGUUAGCGGUUAUGGGAAUUACGGAAGACCGAGUGGACAUGGGGGUUCGAUCGGCGGCUACGGGAUUUCGGGAACAUUGGCCGACGGUGACGAGUUCGGCCCCGGCGAUCCGGGAACUUAUCCGGAUGCAAGCGUGCCGCAAGGAAAUAUUCACGCGCAAAAGGCGAUAGCGUUAAAGGCUCUAGCGGGUGUUGCGCUGAUCGGAGCAGCAGCGGCGUUAGCUUCGAACCCGGUUCUUCUGCCAAUCGGCAUUGUGUCCGGUAGGAAGAAAAGAUCGGAGACCUUCCCCGAGGAAGAGCAGACCGACUUCCAAAUGGAUUACAUUUUGUACAUGUUGAAGGAAAAUUUAGCUAAGAUACGAAAAGAUGGCUCAAGCGACAGACUAAUCGUCUCUCCAAGAUGCGUCGCCAGAUUGACUUGUGAAAUCCAAAAGGACUAUCUGUCCGAUCUCGGAAAGGACGUCGAGGUCGUGACCACAAGUCGAAAAUAUCACCUUACCGAUUUAAUACGAGACAACGUGCUUAAUACCAAAACGGUGAGCGCAAACGUGAAGGACCUGAUCAAGUUGGCGGUCGGCGUGGCGUCGGGAAACGAGAGCUGCGACUUGUUUACCUGUAAUUAUAUAAGGAAAGCUUGAAUAAGACUUGUUGUAAUCACACGAUUAUUAUCACUCAUCCGACUGUUUGACAAAGGAGGAUGCAUACACGCACGCAAAAAAAAAAUAAUGAAAUAAAAUCUCUUCGUA